AUGCCAUUCGUUUACUCUGUUCCCCGGUUCCCAAUUAACAAAGAGAAAAGACCUGCUCCUAGCUUCUCUGAGGUUGGAGCAGAACCUCCAGAUGAACACAUCCCUGUUUGGCUUCCUGCAUUUCCUGAAACCAAAUUGUGUGAUCAAUCGGAGGAAGCUAAUGUAGGCACAGUCGAAGGAGAAGUUCCGAGUAAAGAAAACGGGUCACUGUUACCGAGUAGGUUAGAAGUAGUUAAAUCUCCAAAGGAUGUUCGUAAAUCAACAGAAGGAGAAGAAGAAGCAGUGGAAGGUAAUCCGUUUCUUACCGCGCCUCUACUGAUCAUGGAGAAGGAAGUGUCACCUGUGUUACAACACCCUUUGGAGGUUUCAAAUGAAGUCGUUAGCAUCAACCACGUUUCUGAUAAGCAUACGAGCAACAACUAUCACAUCCCAGUUCUUGAGGCGUCUGAGAUCAACAAGAAGACGAGGGUAGCUGACUCCGAGAAUGGAGAGAAGAAUGGUGGUGUAAUACCACAACAAACUCUGGUACGUUUCAAGAUUGGGAGUCUAAAGAGACUUUCGUGUUUGGCAGUAAACCGGAGCGUCCAGGAACAGGCGUGGUUUCGAGAAGGUGCAGACAAGAGGGAGAAGAAGUCAGCAAUCGAUGAAGAACGCGAAAGGAUUGACUCAGAUGUAAAUUAG